AGUCGAGCCUGUAUUAUGCUCAUGAGUAUUGAAGUUUUGUCCGCCGACAAAAUAUUGGAAUUGAAAUUGCCAGCUUUCAACGUUACAUAAAAUGGUCACGCAUCUUUGCAUGUGAAAACAUUAGUUUUAUAAAUCUUUUUCCAUUGAUCAUUGUUAUGAGCAAUGUUUAUUGGUGCCAGAUAUUAAGCUCUCUCAAUUCAUUGUGCAAGCCGGAAAGAUCUAAAAUAUUUCAUGAACAUCAGAAUGGUUGUGAUGAAAUUGAACAAAUUUGUUUUCCUUGAAUGUACAUGUCCAAUAUUUCAGCACAAAUGUGACAGGCCCAUUAAUCAAACACUUUCCAUUAAGUCACCCGCAAUAUAAAAAUAUAUAAAAUAGACUAUAUUUGUUUGACAGAUGCAGACAUAUGAAUUCACUAAACACGAAUUAGGUGUUCAUCAAUUUGCACGUACUGUAUUAUCUGUGACAGCGUCCGAUGUUGUUUUGUUAUUUAUUUGUAUACGCGUUGUCUAUUAAGCACGCUGUAAUGUGGUUUUGGUAUUGGAAGUCUCGUGAACACGUGGAGUAGAAGACUCUGGCACUGGUAUUUUCACUUACAGAAGACAAAAGUUCUGUUUCUGUAUCAAGUGUCUAGAUAAGAGUUACUUAGACAUGAAGAAUAUACUAUUUUCUGAGUGGAGUAAUACGAAUAAUGGUGCAUUUCUCAUCCGUACAAACCAAAUGUUUCCGUUUCUGAAGUUCAGAUGUUUUCUGUUAAAUAUUGUAUGGCUGGUUAUAAUUUUAGCUGUGCUAGAUGUUCAUCUGUGUUGUUCAGAGCAAAUAGAUACAGACUUGGCACAGAAAUUAUUGGUCCCAAACGAUGACAAAUUUCGUAACCUUACCCAGUUGUUUGAUCGUUGCUUUGACCAUAAUCAUCGCCUGCUGACGGUCGUCGUACAAGGAAAAUCGUUGCCGGAUUCAGUUCUUUGUCACAUCCACAGCAGAAACAUGUCUUAUCCUGUAAUAUUCAUGACAAAUGACGAAUUUGAAGCGGAAAAUGGAAGAUUCUCCGAAACUUUGCACCAGUCGAGUGACACGUUUAUACUGUUUGUGGACAAAAUGGAUGAAACUGAGGCCGCACUUAAUAAAAUCAAAUCAUUUCCUUUAUGGAACGCAAGAGGAAGAUUUAUGUUAAUAGUUUCACAUCCUCUUCGAAGUGUCAGAAGAAACGUCAUUGAAGAAACUUUUAAGAGGUUAUGGGAAGAAAAUAUUUUACAAGUAGUUCUUAUCUGUCGGUUCUCUAGUAGUGAUCAGUGUAAUGAAGACAGUAAAAACUGUUCCGCAUUAACAUUGAACCAAGUAGUUUUAACUUACAAUCCAUUCAGAGGCAUUACUUAUAACAAAGACAUUUCAAACAUAUGGCCCAGGUCUAGCAAUUUGGACAUCUUUUUCCCUAGCUUAUCAGAUUUGCAUGGUUAUCCUCUGAGGGUUUCGAUGUUCCCUGCUACCCUUAGUGUUCACCCAAUACUAGGACCUGAUGGACAAGUCGAGAGCUUUGAAGGUUAUGAUGGUCAUACAGUGACAUCUUUAGCACAGUACAUGAAUGCAGUACUUGUAUUGUUACCUCAAAAGGACCGUGCGAUGUUCGGACAAAAAUUUCAGAACGGGACCAUCACAGGAACAAUUGGUGAUGUUGCUUAUGGUAGAGCUGACAUUGCGUCUAAUUCACAAUAUAUCAAAACUGAAGGAUUUGAACUGGAGUACACAUAUCCACAUGAUACCAACAACCUUUGUUUCAUAGUACCAAAAUCAAAACGAGUUCCUCCGUUUAGAAACAUGUUCCUUUCAUUCUCUUGCAGUGUCUGGACAGUUUUGGCUUGUGCCAUGUUUUUGACACCGCAAUGUUGGUACUGUAUCCGCAAAUACGGACGCAUCUCUGUAAAGGAAAAGACCAACAACAUUACAAUGAAUGACGCCUUCUUCGAUAUAUUUCGAUCUUUUAUUUCAGGAACUUUAAACACAGUGCCGACUUCGGUCCUAGAGCGAGUGUUCAUCAUAACAUGGGUACUGGUAGGAAUUAUUAUAACAAACGCUUUCCAAGGCUCAUUCACCAGUUAUCUAGCAGUACCCAAAUAUCUCCCAGAAAUCGACUCUCUUCAGCAACUUGAUGAAUCUGGACUUGGAAUAUUUGUAUCACCUUUAGUAAACUCGUAUAUGACUUUGGACAUAAAUGAUGAAAUUAUGACAAAUUUGUGGAGAAAAUUUAAAUACGACCGAAAUUAUGGCUUGAUUGCCGAUAGGGUGGCUUGGAAAAGAGAUAUGGGUGCUAUAUUCAAUGAAUUAUCUUUCAGUUAUUAUCUGAGAAGCAGUCGAUAUGUCAAAGACGGGCGCCCUCUGCUUCACAGAGUGAAGGAAAACAUACUCUCCAUUUACAGUGUUUAUAGUGUUCCAAGGCAUUCGCCUUUCUUGCCUAGAUUCAACGUUAUUAUCAGUCGACUUGUUGAAUCAGGGUUUCAGAUCAAGUGGAUCAGUGAUUCUUUGCAUCGAGCAGCGCUGGAAGGGGAAAUUACCCCUGUAUCUAGUUUCCAGGCAGCAGAGCCUGCCCCUCUAAGCCUAACUCAUUUACAGACCGCUUUCUACAUCCUUGCCAUUGGCUUACUCAGCAGCACACUGGUUUUUAUGUUACCGUUCAAGUGAAAUACAGACAUUUUAACUCAAUGUGCACCGCUGAGAAUCAGAACUGUAGCCUGCUAUGAUUGAGCGGAAUUAUUUUAGCUUUUUCAACACAACGUUUGAUAAAAACAUACAU